AUGCCGGACUCCUACCCAAAUGCACUGAAAAGGAUGAAAGGUAUUGAAAGGAAAAUGGAAAAAGACACAGUUUUUGGUAAAAGGUAUGAGGAACGCAUUAAUCAUUUGCUGGUUAAUGAUUAUGCGCGUGAACUGAUUGAAACUCACGUCACACCGAACACAUGGUACUUAUCACACUUUGGUGUUGACAACCCCAAUAAAUGCAAGCUUCGGCUGGUCUUCAACGCUGCCGGUAAGGUAAAUGGUUUAUGUCUUAACGACUAUUUACUCACUAGGCCCGACCUACUGUCAUCACUUCUUGGUAUUAUGCUGCGCUUCAGGGAAAGAAAAAUCGCAGUAACAGGUGACAUAAAGGACAUGUUCCUAAGAGUCAAGGUUCACGCCGAAGAUCAGAACGCUGUAAGGUUUUUAUGGAGGAGCAGCCCUACGGAUAGAUUUAAAACGUAUGUAAUGACUUCUUUAAUUUUUGGAGCUAACUGCUCACCCUUUGUUGCUCAAUUUAUUAAAAACAAGAACGCCCGGCGAUAUUAG